CAACUAAACAUUACUAUUGAUUGAGUGACGUGUAAAGUGUAUUCGUCGGCGCCCCAUAAUUUUCUUAUUUCUAAAAAGAAAAAGCUCAAAAUGAGCUCUUUCAAACGUGAUAAAAAAGAAGAGGAGGAUAGUGGUGGCAAUCCAUAUCAGAAUCUGGACAAAACGAUUGUAUUACAAGAAGCCAGAUACUUCAACCAGACUCCAGUGAAUCCACGAAAAUGCUGUCUGAUUUUGUCGAAAGUUCUCUAUUUGUUGAAUCAAGGAGAAAAAUUUACUACACAGGAGGCAACUGAGGCUUUUUUCGCUACAACAAAACUGUUUCAAUCGAAGGAUGUCAUGUUACGACGUAUGGUUUACUUGUGCAUAAAAGAACUGAGUACACUGGCCCAAGAUGUAAUAAUUGUUACCUCUUCCUUGACUAAAGACAUGACUGGCAAGGAGGAUCUAUAUCGAGCAGCAGCAAUAAGGGCUCUAUGUAGUAUAACUGAUAGCACCAUGCUGCAAGCUAUAGAGAGAUAUAUGAAACAAGCGAUUGUAGAUAAGAAUCCUGCAGUGAGCUCGGCGGCGCUCGUAUCCGCUUUGCAUUUAUCGUCGACCGCUCCAGAUUUAGUUCGGCGAUGGGCGAAUGAGGCACAGGAAGCCAUCAGUUCAGACAACCCAAUGGUGUCAUACCAUGCCCUUGGAGUUGUGGCUGGUUCCAGAAAGAAUGAUAAGUUAUCAACAGUAAAACUUGUCACCCGUCUUGCUCGUUCUCCUUUAAAAUCUCCAUAUGCUCUUUGCCUUCUCAUUCGUCUUGCUGCACAACUUGUAGAAGACGAUGAUUCUGAAGCAUCUCAACCUUAUAUUGAAUUUAUUGAAUGCUGCCUUCGCCACAAAUCUGAAAUGGUAAUCUAUGAAGCAGCUCAUGCAAUUGUGAACCUCCGGAAAACUGCAAGGGACCUUGCCCCCGCUGUUUCUGUGUUGCAACUCUUCUGUGGUUCUUCUAAAGCGUCAUUAAGACUUGCUGGUGCUAGGACCCUGGCGAGAUUGACAGCAAAACACCCUACAGCUGUUGCUGCAUGUGCUGUCGACUUAGAAAACUUAAUAUCAGAUCCAAAUCGUUCUGUAGCCACUUUAGCAGUUACAACUUUGCUAGCAACAGGGGCAGAGAGUUCUGUUGAUAGACUAAUGAAGCAAAUAUCAAGUUUCGUGUCUGAAAUUUCUGAUGAGUUCAAAAUAGUUGUCGUGAGGGCCAUAAGACGCCUAUGCACCAAGUUCCCGAGAAAACAUCAGUCAUUGGCAGCAUUUUUAGCCGGGAUGCUUCGAGAUGAAGGUGGUUUGGAAUAUAAAGCUGCCAUUGCUGACGCUAUAAUUGCUUUGGUUGAGGAAAACCCUGAUGCUAAAGAGACAGGUCUAGCUCAUCUAUGUGAAUUUAUUGAAGAUUGUGAACAUACAGCUUUGGCUGUACGUAUUCUGCAUUUGUUAGGUCGCGAAGGCCCGAAAUCCCGUCAACCAUCACGUUACAUACGUUUUAUAUACAACAGAGUUAUCUUGGAGUCCGGACCUGUUCGUGCUGCCGCUGUUUCCGCUGUUGCCCAAUUUGGUGCUCAAAGGCCUGAAUUAUUGCCUAACAUUAGCGUUCUACUGUCAAGGUGCCAAUUAGAUGAUGAAGAUGAAGUCAGAGACAGAGCUAUAUAUUUUAGUGCGAUCUUAGAAACUGGGGAUCAGCAACUGAUUAAUGAUUACAUUAUAAAUGUGUCUAAACCAAAUCCAGUUUUGCUUGAAAAGGCUUUAAGGGACCAUAUCGCAACACGGCCUGAAGAACCGUUUGAUAUAAACGCAGUACCAACGGAAGAAGAACCAAAAGAAAAUAAAGAGGCAAUUGUUGAGAUUGAAGUUAGGAAACCAGUUCAAGUAUCGAUGGAAGAGAUGUAUGCAGAACAAUUGUCGAAGAUUGCAGGUAUAGAAAGGCUGGGGCCAGUAUUCAAGACCAAUAAUCCAGUUGAUUUGACAGAAGCUGAGACGGAAUAUAGAGUGCGUCUGAUUAAGCAUAUUUUCGGUCGUCAUGUUGUAUUACAAUUUGAAUGUGUGAACACACUUAGCGAUCAAGUACUUGAAGAUGUUCAUGUAAGAUUGGAAUGUCCACCUGAAUAUGAAGUAAAAUCCAUUACUCCAUGUCAAAAAUUGGUUUAUGAUAAACCUGACAGUGUGUUCGUCAUUGUGGAAUAUCCAAGUGCAUUUUUGGACAGUCUAGGAACCUUCGGUGCUAGCUUGGAAUUUACAGUCCGCGAUUGUGAUCCUAAUACGGGGGUUCCUGAUCCUGGAGAAGGUUAUGCUGACAAUUAUCCACUGGAAGAGUUUGAAAUGGGUUGUGCUGACCAGAUUCGCGCUAGAGCUGCUACAGACGAUUGGGAACAAACUUGGGAGCGUGCAGCAAACGCUCCUGAAGCGUCAGACACAUUUAUACUGUCGCAGAAUGACAUAAACGAUGCAGCUAAAGCUGUUUGUGAGCAUCUUGGUCUGCCAAAGAAUGCCAUAAUAGGAGAAGCUGUCAAGGAGAUCCGUGGUGGUGGUAUAUUUAGAGGAGGAGCACCAGUAUUGGUAAGAGCUCGUUUAGCAGGAGGUAGUGCUGGCAUUACCAUGAAGUUGGCCUCCAGAUCCCCUAGAGAGGACAUCGCACAAUUACUUCUUGCAGCAGUAGGAUAAACAGUGUAAUACAAUAUUUGAUUUCCAACUUAUAUGUCGAAUUAUAAUGAUAUGUUUUUAUAGGUUAUUCUGUCAUUGAGAUAUGUGAUGUAUACUUUUCAUAUUUUGUAGGCCUGGCCUACCAUAGCCAAUAUUAAAUGUUCAUUACAAAUUAUUACAUAAUUAUACAUGUUAUUUCCUA